GCGGAAGUCGUUUCAUUUGUAAGUUUUUAUGGGUGAACGACGUCAAGCAGCGUGGUUCGUUGCACAUUUUGCUCAGAGCUGCGUUGGAGUGGUCGUGAAACUGAAGGAAGAACCGUUCCGGGUGAGCUGGCUGAUUGAAGAAGGGCUCCUGUGGAUCCUGGCCAUGGAUAAAGAGUUUACGCCUUUGGACUGCCUGCUGCCUUCAGGCACGUUAAGGAUCUGUCUGAUCAUUCUGAACCAGCCUCUGGAUAAGGACUACCUACACAUUCUCUGGAGUAAAGCUCUCUUGAGGGCAUGUGCUGAUGGAGCUGCCAAUCACCUUUAUAACAUCACUGCUGGAGAUUGCGACAGCUUUCUCCCUGACUAUAUCAGUGGGGAUUUUGAUUCCAUUUCUGCCGAGGUCAAAGCUUUCUAUGCAGACAAGGGCUGCAAGCUGAUGGAAACAGCUGACCAGGAUCUAACAGACUUCACCAAGUGUCUUGCGAUCAUGGUGGAGGAGAUUCAGAGACGACAGUUACAGGUGGAUGCAAUAGUGACUCUGGGUGGUCUGGCUGGCAGAUUUGACCAGACCAUGGCGUCUGUGGAGACACUCUACCACUCUCUGUCCAUGACACAGCUGCCCGUGUUGAUUAUACAGGGGACCAGCCUGGCGUAUCUACUCAGACCAGGCAGCCACAGACUGGGAGUGAACACAGGCCUGGAGGGGGAGUGGUGCAGUCUCAUUCCAGUAGGUGGACCAUGCCAAACAAUCACCACUGGACUCAAAUGGAACCUGAAUGAUCAGGUCCUGCAGUUUGGGAAGCUGGUGAGCACCUCCAACACCUAUGAGCCUGUUGCCCCUGGAAAUCCCAGGAAGCCUGUAACCGUGACCACAGACCAACCACUGCUUUGGAGCAUGGGCAUUCGUAAGAAUGGGGAAUAAGACAGUACAGAUUCUUCUUCUCAGUUAAUAUGUUACUAGUCAGAACAUCACACAUGAAAUGGAAAUUCUGUUUAUCCCUACAGCUGAGCUAUGGCAGAAUCACUAGUCUCAAGGUAAAAAAGCUGGAAGCACUUACCUAACCUACAAGUGUUUUUUUUUUUUUUUUGUUUUUAUGUUAGUGUCAAAUAAUGAUCAAGACUUGGUUAACCCAGAACAGAGAAUUCUUUUUUAGUUUUUAUACCACAGUGGCCAUCCUUUUCAAGGAUGUUUGUAUGGUUUUUACUGUUUUCUUAUAACGUGCCUUGUGUUUUGCCACUGUUCAGGGUUAAAUAUGCACUUUAUAAGACCAGAAUCCAAGCCUUAAUCUAUGCUGACAACCAUUUCCUUUCAUUUAGAAAAACAUUUUAAUAUCACACAACAGAAUUACAGACCAACAUUGCAUCUUCCUUUAAAAGUCUGCAGCUAUCUGCUUUGUAUUAUAACCUACAGUAUGCCUUUAACAUGCUCCUGGUCCACUGUCAUCUUGUAGCUAUUAGCUACACCUGACAAGUACUAUGGAACAUAAAAAAAAAGUAUCUGUGCCUUUUAAUGAGUUUAUCAUUGUAUUUAUUAAAAGUCAGGAAAAAGGGUCAAAACGACAAUCUGUGGGUUUUCAUUUGUUUUAUUUACACAGCAAAAUACAAAUGUUGUGCACAGAAUGUAAAAAUGCCAUCCCUUCAGUCCCAAUCACACCAGCCCAAUAACACUUUACAGAUCCAUCUCCAGUCCAUACGUAUUGAAGUUUGCGUUUUUUUUUUUUUGUUCUUGACCAGGAUUUAACCAC